GAGUCCGGAGGGGGGGCGGGGGAAAGCACCGCGACAUCUCGCUGGGUCUCGCGAGAGUCCAAGUUGAAGGAACAUGGCGACGUCUAAUCUGUUAAAGAAUAAGGGUUCUCUUCAGUUUGAAGACAAAUGGGAUUUCAUGCGUCCUAUUGUUUUGAAGCUUUUACGCCAGGAAUCUGUUACAAAACAGCAGUGGUUUGAUCUAUUUUCGGAUGUUCAUGCUGUCUGUCUCUGGGAUGAUAAAGGUCCAGGAAAAAUUCAUCAGGCUUUAAAAGAAGAUAUCCUUGAGUUUAUUAAGCAAGCACAGGCACGAGUACUGAGCCAUCAAGAUGACACAGCUUUGCUAAAGGCUUAUAUUGUUGAGUGGCGGAAAUUCUUUACACAAUGCGAUAUUUUACCAAAACCUUUUUGUCAACUAGAGAUUACUUUGCUGGGCAAACAGAACAGCAACAAAAAAUCGAAUAUGGAAGAUAGCAUUGUUCGAAAGCUUAUGCUUGACACAUGGAAUGAAUCCAUUUUUUCAAAUAUAAAAAAUAGACUUCAAGAUAGUGCAAUGAAGCUGGUUCAUGCUGAACGAUUAGGAGAAGCUUUCGAUUCUCAGCUGGUUAUUGGAGUAAGAGAAUCUUAUGUUAACCUUUGUUCUAAUCCUGAGGAUAAACUUCAGAUUUAUAGGGAUAAUUUUGAGAAGGCAUACUUGGACUCAACAGAGAGAUUUUAUAGAACACAAGCACCCUCAUAUUUACAACAAAAUGGUGUACAGAAUUAUAUGAAAUAUGCAGAUGCUAAAUUAAAAGAAGAAGAAAAACGAGCAUUGCGCUAUUUAGAAACAAGACGAGAAUGUAACUCUGUUGAAGCACUCAUGGAAUGCUGUGUAAAUGCCCUGGUGACAUCAUUUAAAGAGACUAUCUUAGCAGAAUGCCAAGGCAUGAUCAAACGAAAUGAAACUGAAAAGUUACAUUUGAUGUUUUCCUUGAUGGACAAAGUUCUGAAUGGGAUAGAGCCAAUGUUGAAAGACUUGGAGGAACAUAUCAUUAGUGCUGGCCUGGCAGAUAUGGUAGCAGCUGCUGAAACUAUUACUACUGACUCUGAGAAAUAUGUUGAGCAGUUACUUACAUUAUUUAAUAGAUUUAGUAAACUUGUCAAAGAAGCUUUUCAAGAUGAUCCACGAUUUCUCACUGCCAGAGAUAAGGCUUAUAAAGCAGUUGUUAAUGAUGCUACCAUAUUUAAACUUGAACUACCGUUGAAGCAGAAAGGAGUGGGAUUGAAAACUCAACCUGAAUCAAAAUGCCCUGAGUUACUUGCCAAUUACUGUGACAUGUUGCUGAGAAAAACACCAUUAAGCAAAAAACUAACCUCUGAAGAAAUUGAAGCAAAGCUCAAAGAAGUGCUUUUGGUACUUAAGUAUGUGCAGAACAAAGACGUUUUUAUGAGGUAUCACAAAGCUCAUUUGACACGACGUCUUAUAUUAGACAUCUCUGCUGAUAGUGAAAUUGAAGAAAAUAUGGUAGAGUGGCUAAGAGAAGUUGGUAUGCCAGCAGAUUAUGUAAACAAGCUUGCUAGAAUGUUUCAGGACAUAAAGGUAUCUGAAGAUCUGAACCAGGCUUUUAAGGAAAUGCACAAAAAUAAUAAAUUGGCUUUACCAGCUGACUCAGUUAAUAUCAAGAUUCUGAAUGCUGGUGCCUGGUCAAGAAGUUCUGAGAAAGUCUUUGUCUCACUUCCUACUGAACUGGAAGAUUUGAUUCCUGAAGUAGAAGAAUUUUACAAAAAAAAUCAUAGUGGUAGGAAAUUACACUGGCAUCAUCUCAUGUCAAAUGGAAUUAUAACAUUUAAGAAUGAAGUAGGUCAAUAUGACUUGGAGGUGACCACGUUUCAGUUGGCUGUGUUGUUUGCAUGGAACCAAAGACCUAGAGAGAAAAUCAGCUUUGAAAAUCUAAAACUUGCAACUGAACUUCCAGAUGCUGAACUUAGAAGGACUUUAUGGUCUUUAGUAGCUUUUCCAAAGCUCAAACGGCAAGUUUUAUUGUACGAACCUCAAGUCAAUUCACCCAAAGAUUUUACAGAAGGUACCCUCUUCUCAGUGAACCAGGAAUUCAGCUUAAUAAAAAAUGCAAAAGUUCAGAAAAGGGGUAAAAUCAACUUAAUUGGACGCUUGCAGUUAACUACAGAAAGAAUGAGAGAAGAGGAGAAUGAAGGAAUAGUUCAGCUAAGAAUAUUAAGAACCCAGGAAGCCAUCAUACAAAUAAUGAAAAUGAGAAAGAAAAUUAGUAAUGCUCAACUGCAGACUGAAUUAGUAGAAAUUUUGAAAAACAUGUUCUUGCCACAAAAGAAAAUGAUAAAAGAACAAAUAGAAUGGCUAAUAGAGCACAAGUACAUCAGAAGAGAUGAAUCGGACAUCAACACUUUCAUAUAUAUGGCAUAGUUCUGAAUAUCAUGGACAAUGUUAAGAACCCAGAUUUUGAAGUGCUUGGGCAGAAGUUGUCUCAGUUUGAGCUGGAGAAAGGUUUAUUUGGACUUGGAUAACAUAAAUAUUAAAAUCUCUGCCUUACCUUACAGAACAACUAUAUUUUGCCAAUCCCAUUAGGUAGCAUGGUGGCACUCCUUCAUGCGGCACACUCUGCCAGCAUGCUGUUCUGCGGAGAAACUUGCACUCAUGAAGAGCCAUUAUGAACUUCUAAAAGUGAAUUUGUAUUUACCCACCAGGAGAAGUUCAGUUGAGAAGGGUGAGGACAGGGUUCUAGUUGCUUUUCUCUCUUUUUUUCCUCUUAAAAACAUGUACUUGCACAAGGAAGGAUAUUCAGAUUCAUGCACUGAAAAGUACUGUUUUCUUUUGUUUUACAAAAUUCAAUUAAAACUCUUGGUUUUUAAUGGCAGAACGAGCUGGUCAGCACCACACUGGGAGAGGGCAGAUGAAGGCAAGAAGAUGAAGAUUAGUUAGCAGGGUGAUUAUUUGUUCACACGCUGCUUUCAGUUGAACAACUGCAUUUCAGUGGUGACCUCAAAAAUCUCCACCUUACAAAUACUGGUUUUCUCAUGCAGGAGAUGACUGUCUUAGUUAAUUCGUUGAGUGAGCAGUAAUUUUGUUCUUUUUUCAUCUUAUAUGGCUGGAGGGCUUGUGAAAAAGUGAAGCUUGUUAAUUGUUGCUUCAGUUGUUAAAAUUUUAUGGAAAUAGAUCAUUAUGAUUACAGAGUCAAGCAAAAACAUUGAGUGUGUUUACUAACACUUAAUAUUUAUAGUCCUAAUAUUUAUUAUGCCAUAUCUCAGUUUCUGAAAAUGCAGAAAUCUCCUGCUCUACUACAGUGCAGUUGUGGAACUGAUCUCUUAAGGUACAACUGUUUCGGUAUUUCAGUCUCAUGAGUAAGGAAUUAUAGCCUCAGGUUUCUGGGGAAAAAAGUUGUUCUCUUUUAAAAAGUAAUGGUUGCCAGUCAUCUGGGAGGAAGAGGAAAACCACAACAUAUGACCCCAAAAGCAUAAGCAAAGUUGUUACAAUCUCAAUAGGAGCAGAAAACUUGCCAAAUAUGUACAUAUAUAUUUAUAUAUUUUAAAAAUAAACAUUUUUUUAAGAUAUCCAGAAGGCAACACUUGUUCCUUUCAGUCAAUCCAAAGCAGCAGCCUGUUGGUUGCUGGCCGCGUACUCAGAGCAGCGGAAAUGUCAAGGACUGGAGGAUUUGAACCACUAAAAAGUCAACAAUUUAUUCCUCAUUGGGAAAGAAUGGCUCAACAUGGAUUUUAUUCACUGUGGUGCACGUUUCAAAUUUUCUUGCAGUUUGCUUUUUAUCUUUUUGGAUGUUCAAUUAUAUUUUAAAGUAUGGUUUUGGAGCUAGAAAAAAAAAAUGGAGCACUGAGAAGCAUACAGUAUUAUUUUGUAGCAGAAUGUUUUGAGAGCAUUUCAUGGAAUCUGUUCUAAUCCCAGAAGUUUUGUGAGCUCCCUGCUAGAAGGAAGAGAAAGUAAGCUUAAAACAGUAAAGUUUUGCUGGUUCUAGUCAGUUAUCUGUUCUGAAAUUCAUAGGAAAUUGGGGUUUUGUUUAUAAUUUAAAAUCUUAAACUUCAACUCUAAGGUAGGAAUUAUUAGACAAAGCAUAUUGUGAAGGAUUAAUGUAGUACUCAUUGUUUUCUCUAAUUAGAUGACUGCUGACAGUGCAUAAAUUUACAAUUUAGAGGAAAUAAUUUUGUAAUGAUUGUGGCCCUUAUGUAACGAAUCGUUUGGUAUUGACAUUUGUCCCUUAAUAGGAAUGCCAGGAAAGGAGGAAGCAUAAUCAUUUUGGUCAUUUAACUUAAGAACAAGAGCCAGGAUGUUUUGAUUUAUGAAGGAAACUUUAAUGCAAAAUGGGUAACACUAAAUCCAUAGCAAAGUUUUCUAUUAAAUUUUUUAUAAAUUUUUAAUAGCUAAUUAUGUCCUGAUUGUAUUUUGGGAAAUGAACAACAGCAAAUACUGUCAACUUAGACUUUUCACCCCCCACCUUUUUUUGGGGGGGGGGGGGCGUGGUAUGUAUGCAGAAGUUCAACUACUUUUUGGUGUUUGUCAAGACCAUUGUUUAAUUUCCUUUGUUUUGACAAUAUAGCUGUUAAUUUAA